CGCGUCUCGUCUGGCGAAGGAGUGUCUCCUCACUCCCUCCCCUACCUCCAAAGGAAAAAUGGAGACAUGUAUUUCCAGCCAUGAAAUUGACCGAGCGAGUCCUUCUAAAAGAUACCGACAUGGCAGAUAGACUCGUGCAAUCGUACUUCAAGGAUGAGCACUAUCCUGAAGGCCACACGGGUGAAGGAAGAAUUGUCAUAGAAGCAUUUCCUGGCCCUGGUUGCCUUACCCGUAGCCUAUUAAAAUUGCCUCCCUCCAAAAUCAAGAGACUCAUUGUAUUGGAGGAAGUCCCUCAAUUUCUGGAGUAUCUUAAGCCCCUUGAAGAAGUUGAUCCUCGUGUUGUGGUGGUCCCCUUGUCUGGAUUCACCUGGUCAACUUACACGGAGAUCGAAGCUCGAGGAUUGCUUCAUGACGUAGAAACGAGAUCUUGGGAGGACCAACAGCCAAACCUGCACUGGAUUGGUCAAAUUCCUCACUCUAUAUACGGGGACCAACUCGUCUCGCAAUUUUUCCGACUCAUUCCCGAGCGAGGCUGGCUAUUCAAGUACGGUCGCAUGCCUCUAAGUCUCACUUUACCGGAACAAACGUACCAGCGAGUAAUAGCCGAAAGAGCAAGCCAGCUUUACUGUAAACUAAGUGUCGUUGCCAAAGCAACAAACGUGAUUGAAGAACCCGUCUCUCCAAAGGAGCUUCAACCAUACAACGAUUUUUUCCAUCCAUCAAUUAGCGAAGAGAGUGUUAAGAAGGGUCCAAAGACUCAUACUGGUACUUACAGGAAGGGCAUGCAUCGGCUUCUUGGAGCUCCUUAUGCGGCGAUGCACGUAACGCCGUUGGCGAAUCCCGUGAUUGAGAAAGGCCUGUUAGAUAAAUGGGAUUACAUCCUCCGCCGAUUGUUCGUUCUGAAGACGAAACCGAUUCGAAAAGCAAUAACAUCUCUAGGUCCAGGUGCAACGAAUCUCUUACUAGUUGUAAACAAUCCAGAGCUCCCGGAAGAACAACGUGUUAAUAUCGAUAAGAAAGUCAAUGAGUUGGAUAUGAGAGAGUGGACUCUUAUGGUAAAGGCGUUUGACGAGUGGCCUUUUGCGCCAGAGGAUCUGCAAAUUACGGAUACCAUUUAUAGAGACGUUGAGCGAGAGCAUCAUCGAUAGGUGGAUGUUAUCUCUUAAGGUUCCCUCCAGGGACUAGUGGAUUGAUUUUGGAAUUUUGUUCUUAUCGGCAUCUACGUAGCCUGCAAUCAAGUAAUUAGAAUGCAUGUAACUAAUUCAUCCCA